CUGUGGGAGAUUUCAGGAUGCCCUUGAAUCUCUGCUUAGCUGGCUUAUUGAUACAGAAGACCUUGUGGCUAAUCAAAAACCACCAUCUGCUGAAUUCAAAGUUGUGAAGGCCCAAAUACAAGAACAGAAACUUCUCCAGAGGUUGCUGGAUGACCGCAAGCCUACUGUUGAGGCAAUCAAGCGUGAAGGGGAAAAAAUUGCAGAGUCAGCAGAACCUGCUGAUAGAGUGAAAAUCUUGAAACAGUUGAGCUUCCUGGAUAGUCGAUGGGAUGCAUUGCUCAGUAAAGCUGAAACAAGGAACCGUCAGUUGGAAGGCAUCUCAGUGGUAGCCCAGCAGUUCCACGAAGCUCUGGAGCCGCUGGGGGAAACGCCACAGAGAAGAGGCUUGCAAAUGCAGAACCCAUUGGAACGCAGGCCUCUAAACUGCAACAGCAAAUUUCUCAGCAUAAAGCCCUAGAAGAUGAUGUCCUAGCUCACAGUAGGAGUUUACAUCAGGCCAUUAGCACUGGUCAGUCUCUAAAGACUCUGAGCUCCAGGGAAGAUAAAGAUAUGGUGCAGGAAAAGCUAGAUUCUUCUCAGGCCCGAUACAUUGAGAUUCAAGAGAAGAGCAACAGCAGGUCUGAACUUCUCCAGCAAGCUUACAGCAAUGCUCAGAUUUUUGGGGAGGACGAAGUUGAAUUGAUGAACUGGCUGAAUGAAAUCCAUGAUAAACUGAGCAAAUUGUCAGUCCAGGAUUGCAGCACAGAAUUGCUUGAGAAACAGCACUCUGAACUACUGGAUCUUCAGGAAGAGAUUCUUCUUAGAAAACAAAAUGUUGAUUUGGCCAUACAAAAUGGCUUAGAGCUUCUCAAGCAAACAACAGGUGAUGAAGUUGUAAUAAUUCAAGAUAAACUGGAAGGCAUUAAAGCGAGAUACAAAGACAUUACACAACUGAGUUCUGAUGUAUCCAAGACCUUAGAGCAGGCUCUGCAGCUUGCAGGUCAACUGCACUCAACUCAUGAGGAACUCUGCAAAUGGCUUGAUGAAGUGGAGGUGGAGUUACUCUCAUAUGAAACUCAAAUACCAAAGGGUGAAGAAUUAAGCCAAGUACAAGAAAGACAAAAAGAGCUGAAAAAAGAAGCGAAGAACAACAAAGGCUUAGUGGACACUCUGAAUGAAGUUGGCAGUGCCUUCCUGGAGCUGGUGCCAUGGAGGGCCAGAGAAGGGCUUGACAAGAUGAUAACAGAGGACAAUGAACGCUACAGAUUAGUGAGUGACACAAUCUCUCAGAAGGUGGAUGAAAUUGAUGCUGCCAUCCUGAGAUCCCAGCAGUUUGAUCAAGCAGCUGAUGCUGAAUUUGCCUGGAUUGCAGAAACAGAAAAGAAACUGAUGUCUCUGGGUGAUAUUAGGCUUGAGCAAGACCAGACCACAGCUCAGCUACAAGUUCAAAAGGCUUUCACCAUGGAGAUUUUGAGGCACAAAGAUACUAUAGAUGAACUUGUUAAAUCUGGGGAUAAGAUUAUCAACACCUGCACUGAAGAAGAGCAACAGACCAUGAAGAAAAAAAUGGAAAGCCUCUUACAGAAAUACGAUGCAGUCUGUCAAAUGAACUCUGAGAGAAACCUCCAGCUAGAACGGGCUCAGUCCCUGGUUAACCAGUUCUGGGAGACUUAUGAAGAGCUUUGGCCAUGGUUAACUGAAACAGAAAUGAUAAUCUCUCAGCUUCCUGCACCAGCCCUUGAAUAUGAAACUUUAAAGCAACAACAAGAAGAGCAUAGG